GCACUGAGACGUCUUUUCUAUCUCUACAAAAAAUCUAGAAAAAAUCUAGUUUUCGCUCUUUGAAUCAAAAACAAAAUGGCUCCCGGUGAUCGUUGCGGUGGUCCACCACGUCGUGGACCCAUCAUCAAUGUGCAGAUCGCACCACGCUGGCCGCGUCGCCAUCAUCAUAACAAUGUUGUGGUGGUGCAGGCGCCACCACCGCCACCACGACCAGCGCCCGUCGUUGUGGUGCAGCAGGCGCCACCACCGGCCAGACCCGCCAAUGUGGUUGUAGUCCAGCAGCAGCAGCCACCACAGCCGCCACCGCCAGCCUACUACCCACCCGCCGACAACCACUACCACAAUCCACCACCCCGCUACUAGACGAGGCCGAAGGACAUUUUCGUUGAAUUUACGCAGCGCACAAAAAUAUUUCAUAGACAAAAGCAAACACCUGAACUUUCGAUACACCGCAAAAUAAAUAAAAAAUAAAUAAACUA